CAGUUCCACCCUGUGAAGGUCUGUGCCAUAGACGCUGCCUGGGUGCUCCUUUAUACACAGCACGUAUUUCUGGAGCGAGACGUUGGAAGGCAGUGGAAGACCUUGUGUCCUGUUUAGCUCCUCCAUGGCUUCAGAGGCAGCCUGUCGCCCUUUUGGGAAAAGACCCUGCAAGAUGCAAGCUUUCAGAAUCUGGGAUACUAACCAGAAGACCUUCUACCUGAGGAACAACCAGCUCCUUGCUGGGUACUUACAAGGACCAAAUACCAAACUAGAAGAAAAGAUAGACAUCGUGCCUAUUGACCUUCAUAGUGUGUUUUUGGGCAUCCACGGGGGCAAGCUGUGCCUGUCUUGUGUCAAGUCUGGAGAUGGUAUCAAGCUCCAGCUGGAGGAAGUUAACAUCACUGAUCUGAGCAAGAACAAAGAAGAAGACAGGCGCUUUACCUUCAUUCGCUCCGAGAACGGCCCCACCACCAGCUUUGAGUCAGCUGCCUGUCCAGGAUGGUUCCUCUGCACAACACUAGAGGCUGACCGUCCUGUGAGCCUUACCAAUACACCAGAAGAACCCCUUACAGUUACAAAGUUCUAUUUCCAGGAAGACCAAUAGUACUGUCCCACUCCCAGGCCAGCAAUGACCAUCAACUGUUUGAUCACUCUGGCCAUCAUUGGGGUCUAAGGAACAACUUUUGCAGGUGGACAGUAGAAGGAGACAGAAGAGUCCUGAUGACAGAUCUCUGCCUUCAGUCUGUUGGCUGACCUAAUCCCCAUGAUGAUUCCAGAAUAAUCUUUCAAAUUGGAUCAUGGCAGGCCUUUAUUCAAAGCCCUUUCUGGUUGCCUCUGCCAUCUGAGUGAAGUGUAGAACACUUGCUUGGCCUAGGUGUCUUCUGUUCACACACACAAACACACACACACACACACACACACACACACACACACACACACCAAGUCACUUGACAAUAUGCCCCAAGUGGCUCCCUUACCCUAUUUUAUAAACCUAUGCUGGUCUAUGGAGCAGGUUUUUAUCCUCCUUGUUAAUUCAUUUUGGGUUUUUUGAUGCUUGGGAUGAAACCCACCAGGGCAUCACAUACACUAAAUAUGUGCUCUACCACCACGCUAUGCUUCCAUCUCAGGAGGACAUUUUUAAGCAUUGAGAAAACAGAAAUUAAGGAUCUCAUAGUUAUUUUAUUAGGCCAGCCUUAUUCCAUACAGGGGAGAGGCUUCUUGUGGAAAUUACUUUCUUUCUGAGAGAAGCUGGGGAUUAGAUGCUCCUGCAUUUGUGAAAUGGUUAUAAGCAUAAAAAAAAAUAAGUAAUAGGCUCUCCUCCUUUCCUUUUUGUGUGUGUGAUGUCCUAAACUGACAAGUUAAAAUUUGGUGGACUGUAGUAGUCCCAUAAUCUUCCCCCUUCUUUUUUUUUUUUUUUUUUUUUUUGGAAAUUUCCAACAUAUGUAUUUCUCUGUCCAGCCCAAACACCAUCUUCACUCCAAACCUACCACAGCUGCCCAAAGAAGUUCCCCACUAUCUCUGUGAAAAUGUGGCUCUCAAGCUCUUCCCGAUAUGAUGAAUGAAUGAAUCUACUGAUCAUUUCUUGGGCAGGGAGCAUCAUGUUCGUGUGUGUUUGUGUGUGUGCGUGUGCUGUGUGUACAUGG